AAUGAAGCAAUCUGUGUCAAGCAUUCUCAAGUCUUUGAAGUCGGAUUUUUCCAAACCAAACCCAUAAGCAUUCAAAGAUUCAAAUUAAGAUUCAAAGUUCUAGAUAAAUAUAAUGGACAGACUAUAUGAAUAAUUUGACUUGGUCUUCCUGGCCAAAACUUGGGCUGUGCCACAAAAUUAUCAAAUCACAUGACGGCCAUUUACCAGAACUCAUUAUUGCAUCAUGAGAGCAUUCACAGGAAUGCAUCCCUCGCUCAUCCUCCUCUUCAUUUCCUUUUCUUUUUCCAUCGCAAUUAGGGAUACUGUAACUCCAAACAAUCCUCUGCCUGAUAACGAGACUCUGAUCUCCAGUGAUGGAUCAUUCUCUCUGGGAUUCUUCCGCCCCAGCAGCAUCUCCAGCAAUCUCUAUCUGGGGUUGUGGUACAGCAACAUCACACCCAAAACCAUAGUAUGGGUGGCCAACCGUAAGGACCCAGUCAUCAACUCCACUGCAGUUCUAUCCAUCUCAACCAAUGGAAAUCUACUCAUCACCAAUCAAAGCUCCACCAUUAUCUGGUCCUCCGGCGUCACAAACGUGACCAAUCCGGUGGCACAACUCUUAGACACUGGAAACCUGGUAGUCAGAAGCGACGACGAUGGCCAGAGUUAUGCUUGGCAGGGCUUUGACCACCCCACGGACACCUUAAUUGCCGGCAUGAAACUAGGCGUGGACUUCACGAAAGGGCUCAACCGGACCUUAACCGCAUGGACAAGCAGCACCGAUCCGUCACCUUCUCAGUACUAUGUAAUGAUGGACAUACGUGGGAGCCCGGAGCUAGUCAUUGGCGAGGGUUCAGAAAAGAUGUGGCGCUCAGGGCCAUGGAACGGGGAAGGCUACAGUGGCAUCCCAGAAACGCUCACAUACUCUGGGUUCAACUUCAACUUCACCAACAACAAGCAAGAGAUCACCUACUCUUUCACCACCAACCAGUCACUUGUAUCCAGAGUAACCGUUAACGCGUCCGGUAUAGUGCAACGGUGGUUGUUGGUUGAUAGCAGCGGAUUAUGGAACUUGAUGUGGUACACGCCCAGCGAUCAGUGCGACUUCUCGCCGCCGUGCGGACCGUACGCAACGUGCAACCCAAAUAACUCGCCCAAAUGUGAUUGUAUUCAGGGGUUCAAGCCCAAGUCGCCGGAUAAGUGGGUGUUCAGGGACGCGACCGAUGGAUGUGUUAGAAAAACUCCAUUGGAUUGUAAGAAUGGGACAGAUGGGUUCCUGACCGUGCCGAAGACUAAGUUAGCAGACACUUGGAAUGUAACCGUGGACACGAGCUUGAGUUUAGUGGAGUGCAAGGCUAAGUGCUUGAACACUUGUGCAUGCAACGCGUAUGCUCCGUCGGAUGUCCGGAAUGGUGGAAGUGGGUGUAUAAUUUGGACGAGCGAGCUUACAGAUCUUAGGGUGUUCGUUAGUGAUGCUUAUGGGCAGGAUCUGUAUGUUCGGAUGACUGCUGCCGAUCUAGGUUCCUCUUCAUCAACCAACUCUAGGAAAAGUAAUAGCCACAAAUGGCUAAUCAUCAUAAUAGUCCUUGCUUUGCUGAUUCUUAUUCUUGCUUGCAUUGGUGGUCUGCUGAGGAGGAGGAGGAAGAGAAGGCAAACCAGAGGCGUAUUAGCGGUCACUACUUCCUUCCAUGAUCGCAGCAAUAGAAGAGUGGACAAUUUAGAGCUUUCUGGAGGCAACGAUCUUGAACUUCCUCUUCUUGAUUUGGGGACCGUUCAAUCUGCAACUGACCACUUCUCUAAUGCAAAUAAACUUGGGGAAGGUGGCUUUGGUCCAGUGUAUAAGGGGAGGCUAAGAAAUGGACAAGAGAUAGCAGUGAAGAGACUUUCUAAGAGUUCAGUACAAGGCCUGGUUGAAUUCAAGAAUGAGGUUAUGUUAAUUGCCAAACUGCAGCACCGAAAUCUCGUUCGCCUUCUUGGAUGCUGCAUUGAAGGAGAGGAAAGAAUACUGGUUUAUGAGUACAUGCCCAACAAAAGCUUGGAUUUCUUUCUUUUUGGUAAAUCAAAAGACCAAGUUUUGGAAUGGCCAACACGUUUCAAAAUUAUCAUGGGAAUUGCUCGCGGGCUGCUAUACCUACAUCAAGACUCUAGAUUAAGAGUUAUUCACAGAGACCUCAAAGCUAGCAACAUCCUCCUUGAUGAAGAGAUGAAUCCCAAGAUUUCUGACUUUGGUAUGGCUAGAAUUUUUGGGGGAGAUGAGGCAGAGGGUAAUACCAGAAAAAUUGUAGGCACAUAUGGAUACAUGUCUCCAGAGUAUGCAAUGCAUGGAGUCUUCUCUCAAAAGUCUGAUGUGUUCAGUUUCGGUGUUCUAGUGCUUGAGAUCAUCACUGGCAAGAAAAACAGAGGACUUUAUCUCGCUGACAGGCAUACAAACCUUUUGGAUAGAGUAUGGAGUUCAUGGAAGGAGGGAAAUAGCUUGCAAGUGGUUGAUGAAUCAAUUAAGUCCUCUUAUGACAUGAAUGAAGUGAUAAGAUGUAUUAAUGUGGGUCUCCUAUGUGUGCAAAAUCACACUGAAGAUAGACCCUUGAUGGCCUCUGUUGUUCUUAUGUUGAGUGGUGAUAGUGUACUCUCUACUUAUCCCAAGGAACCAGGGGUACCUCUGAGAAGAGUUCCACAUCAAUCUGAGUCGUCUUCCAGCAAACAAGACACAAGUUCAACUAAUGAAAUGUCAAUGACGCUGUUUGAAGGCAGAUAGUGGCAUGUAACCUUUCCAAAUUAUGUAUAUGGUAUUUGUGAAAGAAUAGUUAAUUCUCUAAAAGGUUAUAAGAAAAAAAAAAAGAAAAAUUUUGCUAAAUUAGCUUCUAGUUUGUCUUUUAAUAAAUUCGGGAGUUGUAGUAUGAG